AUGACUACUACUGAAAGUGAAUUUGUCAGUAAGUUUUUGACUUUAGCUACAUUAUCAGAUCCUAUAUUAUGGAGGGAUUACCAGAAGCCAUUGAAGGAGGUGAAGUCUUUGGGGGUUGCUCUGCCACCUUUAAAAUACAAGUAUGAUCCUAAGAGAGUUAAGAAAAGUGAUGGUUCUGCUUCUUCAAUUAAAUUAACAUUGAAAAGUGUUAGAGCUCCUAAAUUUAGUGUUGAACAAAAGUUCUCGACUAAUGAUACUGUAUAUCAAGUUAAGCAAUUGUUAGUAGCUGAGGGACAGGUUGAACAUGUUGAACAAUUGAAAUUAUUAUUGAAGGGAAAAGUUUUGCACGAUAAGAUGUUGUUGGCUGAUUUCAAUUUAUCAGAUGCUACAUUGAAUGUUAUGGUUUCGAAGGCACCUGUGAAAGAGAUAAAUACCGAAGGUGCCAGUGAAAUUGAGACCAAUAGCACAAAUAUUGAUUUGUCCAAUCUAGAGGUUCCUUGGAAUGAGAUUGAAUUAUUAUUAAAGACUAAAUUUAAUAAUGACAAACAUGCGUCUUUAACUUUGCAAAGAUUGCAAAAAGGUUGGGAGUUGACUAAAUAA